GUCUUUUGAACUGAGAAUUACUACCAUAUGACGCCGCUCGAGCAUUCUGUUAUGAUGACAAGUAGGUCUUGAAGAGCCUCUGGUUAAGAACGAAGGUCUCAUUGUUGGUGACAUUGUUGUUGGUGACUUUUGCAAAUAAAAUAAAAGAAGGGUUACCCAAACAUGGCAUCUUCAAGUACUGGUGAGAGCACCAGUAAGAUGAGUCAGUCUCAGGUGGCUCAGAGAAUGUGGGAGAUGGCUAACAACAUGGUCUAUGUUAGCUCUGCAGAUGAAAUUUACCAGUAUGACCGAAAAGAACAACAAGAUAUUCUUCAUGCCAAACCUUGGGAGAAAGACCCUCAUUUCUUCAAACAAAUUAAGAUAUCUGCACUGGCACUGCUGAAAAUGGUCAUGCACGCUCGCUCUGGUGGUACUCUUGAGGUGAUGGGAUUGAUGCUUGGCAAGGUUGAUGGCUCCAUGAUGAUCGUUAUGGAUUGUUUUGCUCUGCCUGUUGAAGGCACUGAAACUCGUGUAAAUGCCCAGGCACAAGCCUAUGAAUACAUGACAGCAUAUGUGGAAGCUGCUAAGCAGGUGGGAAGACAGGAAAAUGUAAUUGGUUGGUAUCAUAGUCAUCCUGGAUAUGGCUGUUGGCUGUCUGGUAUUGAUGUUUCUACCCAAAAUUUAAAUCAGAAUUACCAAGAGCCUUUUGUAGCUAUCGUUAUUGAUCCCAUUCGAACUAUUAGUUCUGGCAAAGUAAACAUUGGUGCCUUCAGGACUUACCCCAAGGGCUACAAGCCACCUGAUGAAGGACCCUCAGAAUAUCAAACCAUCCCCCUCAACAAAAUUGAAGAUUUUGGUGUACACUGCAAGCAGUAUUAUUCCUUGGAUAUCUCGUACUUUAAGUCUUCGCUUGAUAAAAAACUUCUCGACUCCCUUUGGAAUAAAUAUUGGGUGAACACACUUAGCUCUUCCUCUUUAAUUACUAAUGCUGAGUACAUGACACGACAGAUAUUGGAUCUAAGCGAUAAAUUAGAAAAUUCUGAGACAGCUCUAGGUCGAGCAGGGCUCUUUGGCCUUGAUCCCCAGGAAAAGAAAACAGAAGACAAGCUCAGUAGAGUCACUAGAGACUCUUGUAAAACAACCAUUGAAGCUCUUCAUGGCCUAAUGGCACAGGUUAUUAAAGAUAGGCUCUUCAAUCAAAUCCCUCAAGCCUCAGUGCAGACUCAGGAGCCCACUCAAUCAACACAGCAGGCUAAAGCAUAGUAUUCAAUCAUGAUGCCUUAUUGUGCUGCUUUUACUUGUGAAGAGUACUUUUGAUGUUUUUUCAUUACAUGUAAGUGACUUUCAUAUCACACUGUUCAUAGAAACUUCGUGAUUUUGUAGUUGUCUAUAAAAUAUCACACAAGGCAUAUAAAGGGUUGAUGAUUUAUUAUGAUGGAUCAAAAAUUUUUUUUUUUGUAUUUUAAGGAAUGAGUCAAGCACUAUGCCUUCAAAAAUAGUUAUCUAAUUUUCCUUUUUAAGAUUGUCUGAAGAGUAAAAUCUCCUGUAA